GCUUAAGUGAGUCAUGGACAUCGACAACCAGAGCGAGGACGGAGAGAUCAAGAAGAGUCCGUUGAAAGAUAUGGGUGACUUGUACAGGUUUAAAGAUCGACCAGCCAUGAUACGACGACGAGGAGUUUUCGUGCGCAAUCAAGUGUGAGAGAAUGUUCGAGGCGUUCUCGAAUGGAAUGCGUUACCUUGAUGUACGAACCGUUCGAAAGUGCGAUAUGUAUUAUAAUACGAGUUCGCGAAGUCUUUUUAGAAUAUCAGAGAGAGAGAGAGAGAGAGAGAGAGAAAAGUUCUCGCGAUAAGUAAACAAGUCGCGGUCGCGAGCAGCAUGAUCGCGAACGAUGCUGCCUAGGAUUUUUAGUUUUUCAGAGGAAGAAGGUGGCGACACUGCCGAUUCUUUAGACAUUAAACCACCACAAGCAGUUGUGCGCCACCAUAAGUCGAGCUCAUCUCGUCGAAGAGAGAAGCACAGCGACAGGAGAAGUCGCAGAGAUGAGAAAGAACGCAAGUCGCGUCAACACGAUCGCGAGGACAGGCAUAGAGAUAAACACAGGCAUCGUAGGCAUGUCGGAGAGCCUCUGGAGAGAUCCGAGCGUUUGGAAAGCUCCAAGAGAACUCGCGACAGAAUGGAACGUAUAGACAGGAUGGAGAGUCACUCGCGGGACAGAGAAUCGUCUAGGCAUGAACGUAAGGAAAGAAGUACAGGAGACCGUGUCCUGGAGGACUUGAGAGAAAGGUUACUAGAUAAAAGGCGGGAGAGGCGGGAAGAGCCGCGCGAUAUUCGCGACUAUAAGAUUGAAUCUCGUCGCGAAUUGCGGCUGGAGGACACGAGGGAGAUGCGUGAGUCGCGCGAUCGUCGGGACGUGCGGAUGGAGGAUGUCCGAGAACGCCGUGAAAUGCGGGUCGUGGACGACGGUGGUAGCAGGGAUCGUCGCGAGAUUCGCGUAGAAGAGCAGAGACACAUACGGAUGGUCGUGGACGAGCCGUUUUCGGAGAACGAGCUGAUAGAGCGGCCCGAGAAACGUCGCAAGAGGUCUCACAAGCACGAGAGGAUGCGCGAGAGGGACCAGGAGAAGAUGGAACGUGAGAAAGAGCAUCGGGAGAAGCAGCUGCGCGAAGCAAUGGAGAUCGUUAACGACGAUAUCAGCGAGCUGGAAGUGCAAAAUGAGAUACCGAUACAGCUCAAGGAUCCCAAAGAGAUGACGGAGCAGGAGCUGAGGAAGGAGAGGCUUCUGGAGGCCGACCGGGAAAUGGCCAGGAGGAAGGAAGUCUCUCGGAUCGAGCUGGAAGCGAGAAGGAUGAAGAGGGGCGAGAAGCGGCCGUUGAGCCCGGAACACAAUCCGGAUCCUUCCGUCGUCGAGCUGUCGGACGAGAGCGCCAGUCCCGCUCACUCCGAAGGUGCGCAUUCCAAGUCGCUGGAGUCCCGGCACUCGUCCGAGGGUGAGAGGAGCGUACGCGACAGAUCGUCGGACCGGCGCUCGUCCGACUCCUCGGAGUCUAGCAGCGACGACGACGACGAGUCCAAUGAGUCGAAUAAAGGCUCCAAUGGCGAUUCCAACGACGCCUCGGACUAUAACAAUCCGAGUCCUCUUUCUGUGGACCGAUUAGCGAAAUCGGAUCAUUCGGACGGCGAAUCCCCCGGCCACGUAGACUCCAAUAACGCGGCUAAGACCGUGGAGAAGGAGGAGAAGAAGAAGGAGGAGGAGCAGCAGGAGCCAGAGUUACCGCCGUAUCUACCGGCUAUUCAAGGUUGCAGGAGCGUCGAGGAGUUCCAGUGUCUGAAUCGCAUCGAGGAGGGCACGUACGGAGUCGUGUACAGAGCGCGCGAUAAACGCACCGGCGAGAUAGUCGCGUUGAAGCGGCUGAAGAUGGAGAAGGAGAAGGAUGGCUUUCCGAUCACGAGUCUGAGGGAGAUCAACACUUUGCUGAAAGCGCAGCAUCCCAACAUCGUCGUCGUCCAGGAGAUAGUGGUAGGCAGCAACAUGGAUAAGAUAUUCAUCGUGAUGGAAUACGUGGAGCACGACUUGAAGUCCCUCAUGGAGACCAUGAAGCAGAAGAAACAGGUAUUCAUACCUGGGGAGGUAAAGUGUCUUAUGCAGCAAUUGUUGCGCGCGGUCACGCAUCUGCACGACAAUUGGAUACUGCACCGUGACCUAAAGACGUCCAAUCUGUUGCUCAGUCACAGGGGCAUCCUGAAGGUCGGCGACUUUGGCUUAGCUCGAGAGUACGGUUCCCCCUUGAGGUAUUACACGCCGAUCGUGGUGACGCUUUGGUACAGAGCCCCCGAGUUAUUGCUAAGCAAUAACGACUACAAGUACUUGUACAGUACACCUAUCGACAUGUGGUCCGUUGGAUGCAUCUUCGCCGAGCUCCUGCGAAUGGAGGCGUUGUUCCCCGGCAAGUCGGAGUUGGAUCAGUUGAACAAGAUAUUCAAAGAACUGGGAACCCCGAGUGAAAGAAUCUGGCCGGGGUACAGCAGAUUACCCGUGGUUCAAAAGACCACGUUUGCGCAUUAUCCUGUCAACAGUCUGCGACAAAGAUUCAGCCUGUCGUUGUCCGAACUGGGUAUCGAGUUGUUGAACAAAUUUUUGACGUACGAUCCUCGUCAGCGUGUGACCGCCGAGGACGCCCUGGGUCACGGAUAUUUCACGGAAGUGCCAUUGCCGAUCGAUCCGCAGAUGUUCCCGACGUGGCCUGCGAAGUCGGAGCAGGGAGUGAGAACCACGAACGCAUCCCCCAAGCCGCCGAGCGGUGGCAAAGAGUACAAACAGUUGGGCGACAGCGACGACGCUGAUUUGAGCAACUCUGGCUUUCACAUGGGACUGACGGAGAGCGGCAGGGCUCCACCCGUCGGCGGCGGCUUCCAUUUGAAAUUCUAAUCGUGCGCGCUAUGCGCUCCGACGGGGAUUUCCAUUGGACAUAAUAAUAUGUACAUAAUACGCGCUGUAUUUAUUUGUACGCAAUAAGUAUAGUUAGUAGCCUGACGCCGAGUGAUAGACGAGUGUACACUUCCAUUCUGUAUGACUGUACACUUCGAUUGACUUACGAGAUACAGUGACGAUAAUUAUCGCGUGAGGAUCGAGAAAUGGCAGUUCUGCGCGAUCGGUUUUCUCAUAACCGAACUCAUGCAUUUAUAACGUUAAAGCGUAGUCUACAAUAGGCAGUAGGAGUAUGUUCAUAAGAGGUAAGAACAAGAAAUUGACCAAUCAUAUUCGAAUGUAAAGAGAAUAAUCGACUAUGAUUUGUUAAUUUCUU